GUCACAACAGGAAGAGUCCGGUCUAUGUGGUGUAUUUCUGGGGUCAACUCUCCCAGUCAAACUGGCCCCAAAGAGCGGGUUGAGAGAGAUCCUCGUGAGUGCCUGCAGGAACCAGCCCUCGGUGCAAGAUGGACUCGGAUAUCUUGAACAUUGAGGACAUAGUGAUGGGACGGGGCUUGCCUGAUCCACCUCCAGCAGCCCCACCUGAGAGACCGGCAGAACCACGCAGGCCUGUCACUUUCAAUGGUCCUCCAGCUCCAUCUGUUCAACCCUACCAGCAUGAGAAUCUGCAAUGUUUCCAGUGCUUCAUCACGUUCUGCAGUGCCAAAGCCAAGGAAAGGCACAUGAAGAAGAGCCACAGAGAAGAGUACAAGCAGCAGCUUCAGCAGGGAAACACAUUGUUUACGUGCUACGUGUGCGACAGAACGUUUUCGUCGUCCGAGGAAUUGACGCUGCACCAGCCAACGCACAGCAAGGAUGACAAGCCUUUCAAAUGUGCUCACUGCAGGGAGAGCUUUAAAACAUUCUCUGAACUCACAGCUCACAGAAGACAGGUGUGUCCAGAGAAACAGAUGGUGUGUAAAGAUUGCAACGAAAUCUUCCGUAGUGCCGGACUGCUGCGUGCUCACCGUGUGUCCCAGCACCCGCGUCCCGAAGUAGAGACGGCCGAACAGCCGGAGGACCCCACAAAAACCCACCGCUGUAAGAAGUGCGGUCAGGGAUUCGAAGCGGAGUCCGAGCUGGUGGCGCACCAGGAGAAGUAUCCCGAAGGUCAGCAGUGCAACGGCAGCGCCGCGUCCCUCAAGAAGCGGGGACGGCCGGCGAAAGCCGAAGACCCGGCGGCCGCCGAGAAAAAGGGAAAGCGGAAGAAGAAAGACGAGGCCGAGGAGGCGGAGAAGGCCGGCGGCGGCACGUUGGAGCCGGCGGCGGCGGCGGUGGCGCCGGCCGAAGACAAAGGGAAGGCGGCGCCGGCAAAGCGCGGCCGUCCGCCCAAAGCAGCGGAUGAUAAGAAAAGCUCAGAGGAAGACGGCCAGACUCCGGCGAAGGAGAAGAAGCCUAAAGCGGAACCCGCCCCGCCCCGCCAGCACCCCUGUCCCGACUGCGAGCUCACGUUCCCCGCCCUGCUCCAGCUCCGCGCCCACAAGAAAGAGAAACACACCCCCCGGAAAGCCCACCCCUGUGAAGAAUGUGAAGAGAGCUUCGCCCGGCCCGAGCAGCUCGACGCCCACAUGUCUCGAGCUCACGCCGCCGACCGCCUGUCCUGCCCGACCUGCGGCAAGAGCUUCGGCCGCGAGCGCACCCUGAAAGCUCACCAGAAAACCCACGAGGAGGAGAAUCCCGAGGAGUCGAGCGCAAAGAGAUAAUUGAGACCCGAGGACCUC